CUUUUAUUUUGGUCUGGUGGCGUGAGGUCACAAGGCUGCGCCGCGCUCCUGCGUCUGAGUUUCAGCUGAAAAAAGGACAAAGUGUCCAAACACAGGAAAAACUCCCGGUGAAGCAACUGAGAUCCACGUGACACACUGUUAUAAAGAUGGAGUUUAUUAAAGAUGAGAAUGAAGACAUGAAGAAUGAAGAAACAUUCAGAGUCAAACAUGAAGAUACUGAGGAACAAACAGAGAUGGAGUUUAUUAAAGAGGAGAGUGAAGACAUGAAGAAUGAAGAAACAUUCAGAGUCAAACAUGAAGAUACUGAGGAACAAACAGAGAUGGUGUUUAAUAAAGAUGAAAGUGAAGAAGCUGUCAGAGUCAAACAUGAAGAUACUGAGGAACAAACAGACAUGAUGGUGCUGAAAGAGGAGAGUCAAGAACUGAAUGAAAUGGAAGAGAAAGAUCAUCAUUUCAUAACUGGAGAAAAAUCUUUUAGUUGCUCACAGACUCAAAAGACUUCAAGAAAAAAUGCUCAAAUGAUAGAAAGUAGUAGUUAUUUCUCCUGCCAACAGUGUGGAAAGUGUUUCAGUCAAAAAGCAGGUAUUAAAAGACACAUGAAAGUUCACACAGGAGAGAAGCCUUAUGCCUGCCAUCAGUGUGGAAAGCAUUUCAGUCAAAAAGUAACUCUUAAAGCACACGUUAGAAUUCACAAUGGAGAGAAGCCUUACACGUGUCAUCAGUGUGGAAAGAGUUUCACUCAACUUGGAAACCUUGGAGUCCACAUGAGUGUUCACACUGGAGAGAAGCCUUACAAAUGCCAACAAUGUGGAAGAAGUUUCAAUCAGAAAAGAAACCUUAAUUGCCACAUGACAAUUCACACUGGAGAGAUCAUUUUCACCUGCCAACAGUGUGGAACAAGUUUCACUCACAAAGGAAGCUUUAACAGACACAUGAGAAUUCACAAUGUAGUGCAGCCUUACACAUGCUCUCAGUGUGGAAAGAGUUUUGAUCGACAUGAAAACCUUAAAGUCCAUAUGAGGACUCAUAGAGAGAAACCCUACACAUGUUCUGAGUGUGGAAAGAGUUUCCGUCAAAAACGGCACUUUGAAGACCACAUGAGAAUUCACUCUGGAGAGCAACCCUACACAUGCCCUCAGUGCGGAAAGAGUUUCAAUUACAAACGACACUUUGAAGAGCACAUAAGAACUCACACUGGAGAGAAGCCUUUCACCUGCCAACAAUGUGGAAGAAGUUUUAACCGAAAAGGAACCCUUAACCGGCACAUGAGAACUCACACAGGAGAGAAGCCGUUUACGUGUGGUCACUGUGGAAAGAGUUUCAGAUAUAAAGCAGCCCUUAAGUACCACAUGAGUUUUCACAUAUGAAAGAACUGUAUUUUAUGUCAUCAGUGUGGAAUUGUGGAAAGUUUCACAGAUGGG